CCAAAUGGCAACGCCGCUUGCUGCCGGGGAAACGGAGAAUCGAGGGUGUGCGAAUUUGUGCCGGUUUGCGAGAAACUCCCGCCAUUUCGACAUUUCAGGAUUUUUUGCAUAAACUAACAAAAUUGAUUCAUUUUUUUUUUUGCACCACACGACGGAAGGAACAUAGCCGCUGACUCCCCACCCGGAGCAUCUUAUUUACCGAGAAGUGUUCUUCGCGCGCCGGAUUGAGACUAUUGCCGCGAAUUUGGACUUGUAGGUAGAAGUUGGAGAAAUAUUUGGGGCUGGUUGCGACCAAACAACCUGUUGGACGCGGGCUUGGAAGCAACAUGACGCCGCCGCUAAAGCAGAGAAGAGACCUCGGAUGACUCGGGAAGAAGCGCGCUGUUUUUGUUGUGCAACGACAUAGCGAAGCGGGCUAGCCAGCUAGCUGCUACACGUUGAGCUCCAGCCACAGGCCUACCGGUGGUGAGGUGACACAUGCUAUCAGGCGCUGGGAUACAUGCGAAGGUCAUUCUCCCCCCCGCCACAGCCUGACUGUCAGUGCGUUACGGUGAUUAUUUAAUCGAACGCUCGAUUUUUGUGGAGUGACCGACAUGGCGCCGCUUUUGGGCCGGAGACCGUACCCAUUAGCUAAACCGUUAGCCGAGCUGCCAGGCCCGGGAGAGGAGGUGUUCAUCAUCGAGCACACCAAGGAGGCCUUCAGGAACAAAGACGAAUAUGAGGCCCGCCUAAACAGGUACAAAGAGCGCAUUUGGACAUGCAAGAGCACCGGAAGCAUCCAGCUUACGCACAAAGAAGCAUGGGAGGAAGAACAGGAAGUCACCGAACUGCUUCAGGAAGAAUAUAACACCUGGUUUGAGAAGCCAAUCUUGGAGAUGGUCCACCACAAUACAGUGUCUUUAGAUAAACUGGUUGAAAUGGCCUGGAUGGAAAUUCUCACCAAGUAUGCUGUUGGCGAAGAGUGUGACUUCAUGGUUGGCAAAGAUAAGACUUUAAAAGUGAAGGUGGUAAAGAUUCAUCCCCUGGAGCAACCUGAGGGUGAGGCUGUGGAAAAGAAGCUUGAAGGUGCCUGUGACUCACCAUCUAGUGACAAGGAGAAUGCCAGUCAAGAAAACCAAAGGAAGGAAACUCCUCUCAGAGAGGAGGAGAACAGGAGGGAGAGUCUCAGUGAUCGAGCACGACGUUCACCAAGAAAACUGCCCACUGCCGCAAAGGAAGAGAAGAGGAAGUGGGUGAUACCCAAAUUCCUUCCUCAUAAGUAUGACGUCAAGCUGGUCAAUGAGGACAAGGUGAUUAGUGAUGUGCCAGCAGACAGCCUUUACAGAACAGAGCGCCCUCCAACCAAAGAGAUCAUCCGCUACUUUAUCAGACAUUAUGCUCAGAGGCUGGGCAUGGGAGAGAGUGCGCCCUGGGUUGUUGAAGAUGAACUGGUGAAGAAGUUCAAUCUCCCCAGUAAAUUCAGCGACUUUCUUCUUGACCCACACAAGUUUUUAGCUGCGAAUCCCUCUGUUAAGCGCAAGAGCUUGUCGUCCUCGGAGGGUAAACCUAGAAAGAGGCAGAAGUCCCUUGGCACACCGGGAGAGGAUUCAGGAAAUGAUAAAGGAGAGAAGAAAAGGGGAAACAAGAAAGAUGCCCUGGGGGCGCCACUAAGUCCUACCAUCUGGGGCCAUAUCCAGAAAAUAUCCAUGAAUAGUUCACCAUUAAAGGUGAAGAACUCUGGAACACCUAAGAAAGGAGAGGGUAAAUGCUCCGGUCCUUCUAAUAGAAAAUCUGGUGACAGGAAGGACGGUAGGAAAAACGGAAAGAAUGAUUUUAAAGCUUCUCGAAAAGAUGGUAAAGCUGGUGUAAAAUCAUCAAAGAUGAAGCAGAUGACGCUGCUGCACCUAGCUAAGAGCCCUGCUGCUGGCAGUCCCAGGAAACGAGCACGCAGUAGUAGCACGGGCACACCUAAAUUGGGGAAGCCACUCCAUCCAAUAGCUCUCCACCUUCUUCGCUACUACAAGGAGAACAAGGGCAAAGAACACAAAAAGCACGUUCUGUCUGGCCUCAUCACCAAAGCUGCAAAGGCCUUGUCCCACGAUGACCGGAGCAGGCUGCCUGAUGAGCUAAAAGAGCUGGUGGAAAAACGCUGGGAGAGACUGGAGCAAAAGAGACGCUGGGAAGCCAUGAGUGAAGAGGAGAAACAAGAAGAGAUGAAAAAGAAGCGAGAGGACCUCAAAGAGAAACUACGGGAAAAGGCUAAGGAAAGGCGGGAAAAGGAGAUGCUGGUCCGUAUUGAACAAUCACGUCGAUACGAGGACCAGGAGAUUGAAGGUGGCAAGAGCCUGCCCACAUUUAAGCUUGUUGACAUGCCCGAAGGACUGCCCAACACCCUUUUUGGAGAUGUUGCAAUGGUUGUGGAAUUCCUUCACUGUUAUGCUGGCUUGCUGAUGCCAGAUGACAAUUAUCCCAUCACAUCCAUGGCCCUGAUGGAGUCAUUAGCUGGAGAACGAUCCGGCUUCCACUACCUAAACCGUGUCCUGGUGGUACUGCUCCAGACGCUGCUGCAGGACGAACUGGCCGAGGGCUACAGUGAGCUGGAUAUCGCCUUAUCCGAGAUCCCCCUCACGCUGCACUCUGUGUCCGAGCUGGCGAGGCUGUGUUUGCGUCCGAACGACGCUCAAGGGGAGGAGAGUGGCCACGGAUCUGUGGACUUGGCCUUGAGCUGCUUUGACGAUGUGGUGACCAGCGAGUUCCUGGAGAAGCUUGAAACCGUUGAGGUGUUUGAACUCUGCCCCGAAGAGAAGGUCAACCUGCUCGUUGCGCUGUGCCACCGCAUCCUCAUGACCUACUCGGUGGAAGACCACGUGGAGACCAUGCAGCAGCGCACCGCUGAACUGUGGAAGGAGCGCUUGGCAAUGUUGAAAGAGGUCAACCGCAAGGUGGCCGAGAAGAAGAAGCAGAAAGAGGUUGAGGGCAAAGAUGAUAAGAAGAAAAAGGACGAUCCAAAGAAGGAGAUCAAGAAAGAAAUAAAGAUCGAGCUGGUAGACCUGAUCAGCUCAGUGAAGAGCAGACAGCUGAUGAGCAUACAAGCCAGGAAAGAAAGGGAGGAGAUGGACAAACUGAACAAAGAGCGCAUGGAGGAGGCGGCUGAAGAAGAGCGACUGCGCAGACAAAGAGCUACAGCAGAAAAGAAUUUCAAGGAUGGUAUAACCAAGGCCAGGCUUGUUUUCCGCAGAACUCCACUUGGUACCGACAGGAAUCAUAACAGAUACUGGCUUUUCUCUGAUGUUGUUCCUGGGUUGUACAUUGAGAAAGGCUGGGUGAAUGAAAACAUAGACUACAACUUCACUCCUUCGCCUGGGGAAAAAACAACUGAACCUGAGUUGGAUGACGAUGACGAUGGAACAGACGGUGAUGACGGGAGUAUCAAUGGUACCAGUAAUGACGGGGCCCACCAGGGGGCAGCAGCAGACAUUUUUAUAGAAAAUACAACUCCUAAGCAAGGACAAAAUCUCUGGUUCAUCUGUGACAGUCCAUCAGAACUGGAGGAACUAAUGGAAAGUCUUCACCCUCAAGGAGUCAGAGAGAGUGACCUGAAGGCAAAGAUAGAAAACAUGUACCAGGACAUCAUGCACUCUAUUCAUCUGACCCGCAAGGAGAAAGUGGUCACUCGGGCCGCCGAUGGGGACACAGAGCUGCUGAAAUAUCUACGCAGUGAUAUUCAGGAGAUAGCCUCACGCCUCCUGAAGGGUGGUCUGGGGUACUUUGAUGACGACGCGGACAUUGAAGAUCAGCUGGAGACAAUGGACACCCUGAAAGAAUUAGGAGAGAGUAUCAUUACAAUUCAGGCAUGUGUGAUCAAGAAGUUUCUGCAAGGAUUCAUGGCCCCGAAGCAGAAAAAGAAGAAAAAGCAAGCAGGGGAAGAAAACAACAAAGCUGAGGAGGUGGACGAAGAAAAGAAACUAAUAGAAGAGGCCAAGGUUGCAACGGCAGUAGAGAAGUGGAAGACAGCCAUCCAAGAGGCCCAGACCUUCUCCCGCAUGCACGUGUUGCUGGGAAUGUUGGAUGCCUGCAUAAAGUGGGACAUGUCUGCAGAGAACGCCCGUUGCAAAGUCUGUCGGAAAAAAGGGGAUGAUGAGAAACAUAUCCUCUGUGAUGAAUGUAACAAGGCCUUCCACCUGUUCUGUCUGAGACCUGUGCUGCACCGUAUACCUGAAGGAGAGUGGUUAUGUCCGGCCUGUCAGCCGACAGUGGCCAGACGUGGCACACGCUCAAGAGAUUAUAAACAAGACAGCGAUGAGGAAGAUGAUGAUGAUCAGGAGGAGUCUGAAGAGGAGGACUCUGACGAAGAGGAUGAUGACGAGGAAGAGUCUGAAUACAAGUCUAUGGGCCACAGCUUGAGAUCCAGGAAGAAAAGUAAGCAGUCCUCAAAAAGUUCUAAAAGUAAAUCUAAAAAGAAAUCGUCCUCAAGCAGUCAGAGCAGCAAGCAGAGGACUGGUCCCAACAUCCCUGCAGACAUAGAUGAACUGGUGCGUCAGACUUCCCAGUCAGGAGUGCGCAGACAGGUGCGAGAGAUGGAGAAGUGUGAGGAAAUCCUCAAGAAACUGACAAAGUUCCGUUACAGUUGGCCUUUUAGGGAACCCGUGUCUCCAGAGGAGGCAGAGGACUAUCUGGACAUCAUCACCCAGCCCAUGGAUUUCCAGACUAUGCAGAGCAAGUUCAGCCAAAGUGCGUAUCGUCACGCCCAAGACUUCCUGGAGGACAUGAAGUUGGUCUUCUCCAACGCAGAGGAGUACAACCAGCCGGGCAGCGCCGUGCUCUCCUGCAUGGCCAAGACCGAGCAGGCCUUCACCGAGCUGCUCCAGAAACUGGUCCCUGGCCUCAGUUACCUCAGGCGUCGCACACGCAAACGCAUCAUUCAAGCUCCAGCGUCAUCAGAGGAUGAGGAGCAGGAAGAAGAAGAAGAAGAAGAAGAAGAAGAAGAAGAAGAAAACAAAGAAGAGGAGGAGAGAGUGCCGCAGAAGAGGGUUCAGGAUAAGAAAUCGAAUACAAAGAAAAGCAGUAGUAGACGGCGAGGUCAGAAUGUGGAAAGCGAAGAUGAGGAGGGAGAAGAAGAAGAGGAGAAAGCGCCGCAGAAGAGAGUACGGAAUAACAAAUCAAAUACAAAGAAAAGCAGCAGCAAACGGCGAGGUCAGAAUGUGGAAAGCGAAGAUGAGGAAGGAGAAGAAGAAGAAGAGGAGAGAGCGCCGCAGAAGAGGGUUCGGAAUAACAAAUCAAAUACAAGGAAAAGCAGUAGCAAACGGAGCGGUCAGAAUAUGGAAAGUGAAGAGGAGGAGGGAGAAGAAGAAGAGGAGAGAGCGCCGCAGAAGAGAGUUCGGAAUAAAUCAAAUACACCGAAAAGCAGAAGCAAACGGAGCGGUCAGAAUGUGGAAAGUGAAGAUGAGGAGGAUGCUGGUAAGAGAAGAAGUAAGAGGACCUCUUUCAAAGCAAGCGGGAAGGAUGACCGGGAUCAGGCCAGCGAUGGCGAGCAGAACACUCGCAGUACUCGCCAGCGGGGGGGCGGGGCAGAAGCUGACCGCGCCAGCAGUGAUGAAGAGCGGCCGAGGCAGCGACAUUCCAAAAGACAGAAACGCUCAUGAAGCUUUUUUUUUUUGCUUAGUGAACAGACUGCCUACCAACUUUAAGCUGGGAAGCAAAACCUUUUCUCCUUUUUAAAUUUCUGUUCAUAUUUUUUUGAAAGAUACCGAGAGAAAAGUGAUUUAUAUUUGUAACAUGUAUGAUUGGUGUUUUCCUUUUUUGUCCCCGUUGCCACCACGGAGAGGUCCUCCGAGCUCUUAGACACGAGCAAACGCAGCUCAGUGCACCUUCUUACUCUCCUGCAGACGGUAGCAUGGAAGUGCACUUGGAUUCUUUUCACAUGACUUCCGUGAGCCUUCCCAACUCCCGUCUCCUCGGUAGAUGGAAAAAAGACGAUGCCCGUGUAGUUAGGACCUCAUGAACACUUCUAGAUGAUGUACAAUACCAUGAAACAUAGGUUCUGUGUAUGUGACCACAUCAGAUGCAACUUCUGUAAACUCUCCCAAAACUCAGUGGGUGUGUCGUGAUUUUUGAACCAGCAAGCUCAGUUCAGUGUAAAAACAAAAAAACAAAAAACACACUAGUACCUCAAAAAUGGAGGGCACUAUUUUGUGGAAUAAUGUACCAAACAUGCCAGCAGCCGCAGGACCACUUUUUGCGGAAGUAAUGUGCAUAAACAUUUGUACAACCAUGUUUUAAACAACAAAAGUUUGUUAUCUAAAAGGGUAUUUUUUUGAAUAGUUUAUAUUUUUUGCACAAUUUUUUUUUUUCGUUUUUGUAAAUGUUUAAUCAGGGCUCUCUUAUUUGUAAGAACAUGUAUAAAAAAAAAAAGCUAUCAAACCUGGCAGGAAGUCAAUUGUGUCACAUUUUUGUAAAGAACACCUCAGUGAUGAUUAGUUAUAAACAAGUAGUGGUUGUCUUGCUGUGUCUUUUCUGGCUCGCCAGGUGGCGCUCUUCUCUUGAUUUGAGCAGUAUUUCAGUGUCAACUGCUGGUACUUAACGCCAAACAAGAGGAGACGGAAGCAAGCCUUUAGUCCUCCAGUGUGCAUCCUGUGUUUGUUUCCUUCAUCCAUAAUGCAAUGAUGUCAAAAAUCUCAAUUGCAUCAUUUGUGCAACAAAAGAGUGGAAUUUGACUCCCCAAGAUGACACCUGUCUUUAACUGUAAAUGUCGCUUACCCACCCUUUUUAUACAUAUAUUUAUAGUUUAGACAGGUUUCUGGAGUAUUGACAUGACAAGAUUUUCCAAUAAAGAUUAUGAGUAAAAUUUG